AUGGAAAACAGAGAUAUAUUUGAUUGCAUUGACGUGAAUCUCCAACCAGCCUUUGACCACCCAUUGUUAAAAGGCCACAACGUUCAGAUGAAACCUAGUUCUUUCCCAUUAGGGCUGGACAUUGAAUCUCUGACGCGACAUGGUGUAUCACAAGUACAACCACCAAUCAUUGAAUGCCCAAUGGGAACAAUCCCGAUACUACGCAAUCAUAGAAAGAACCAUAUUGCAAGACAAAGUAUUGAUGACGUGAGUGGCACAAAUAACCAACAAGAGGAGGCGGGAAUCGAAUAUCGGGAUGAUGAUAUAUAUGGGACGCAGGCUAUAAUAAAUGUCUAUGAGCCAAAGGUCAAGAAAGAUAGUAAGGAUCUUAGUGCAGCAGGGUUAAACAUUAAUAACGGACCACAAGGGGGUCAGGCAGACACAAUUGGUGCUGGUUAUUCAGUAUCCCCGAGUCUGAGUGGAGAUGGCUUCGCAAGGUUCCAUGUUGCUUGGGAUGAAGGCGUACAAAACAAGUCGUGUUAUGAUCUCAAAUGUCCUGGUUUCGUGCAAAUUAGCAAUACAUUUGGUCUUGGAGGAAGACUACAGCCCGUUUCAGUCUAUAAUGGACCACAGUAUGUAAUAAACAUACUUAUUUUCAAGGACGCAGACACUAAGAAUUGGUGGCUGAUAUAUGGUGAAGAGAAGAAACCAAUUGGAUAUUGGCCAAACGACUUAUUCACAUACAUGAAGGAUAAAGGUAAUUAUGCAUUCUGGGGCGGGCAUGUUUCAGGACCGACGGCCUCAACAGACUCUCCGCAAAUCGGUAGCGGGCAUUUUGCCUCCGAAGGGUAUGGAAAAGCAGCUUUUACAAAAAACAUCAAACUUGUUGAUGGAAACAACAAUCUCGUUAAUCCAAGGGAGAAGAAAGCUAAAGCUGGAACUACCAGUUCAUCCAAAUACACAGUCGAUGGUUACGAAAUCGACAAGGAUGGUAUGCAUACAUACUAUGGUGGACCAGGCGAUUUAGCCUGA